GGAUGCUUAAUUUGAUCGAUCAAUUUGAUACUUUCAAUUUUCUGAUAAGUUUUUAUUGAGUGUUAGCAGGUGCAAAUUAAUAGCUUAACUUGUGUAAUGGGUUGGCUUAGCAAAAUUUUUAAGGGCUCUAGCCAUAAGACUUCAGAGGGACAAUAUGAUUGGAAUGAGAGAUAUGUAGAAGACACAGUUGGAAUAGGGACAUCGAGUUCAGGGGGGGCUUGGACAGAGAUUGAAGAUAUAGAUAAGGCUAUUGCAUUGUCACUUUCUGAAGAUGAUCAAAAGAGAAAACCUAAGAUUGAUAAUGAGUAUCAACUGAAGGAAGACGAACAGCUUGCGAAAGCUAUACAAGCAAGUUUAAAUAUUGAGUCUCCUCCUCGAUAUGGAAAUGGACAUAUUUAUCAACCUAUGCCUCUUCCUUACUCAGUAGGGCUCAGGGUUUGUGCUGGUUGCAACAGAGAGAUAGGAUAUGGAAGAUUCUUGAACUGCAUUGGUGGAGUUUGGCAUCCAGAAUGCUUUAGAUGUCAUGCUUGUAAACACCCAAUUUCAGAUUAUGAGUUUUCUAUUUCAGGAAGCUAUCCAUACCAUAAAUCUUGCUACAAGGAUAAACACCACCCAAAAUGUGAUGUUUGUAAACAAUUUAUUUCCACAAAUGCUGCAGGUCUUAUAGAAUAUAGGGCUCAUCCAUUCUGGGUCCAGAAAUACUGUCCCACCCAUGAGCACGAUGGAACACCUAGGUGCUGUAGUUGUGAGCGAAUGGAGCCAAGGGAUACUACUUACGUUGCUCUAAAUGAUGGACGAAAGCUCUGUCUGGAGUGUUUAGAUUCAGUUAUCAUGGACACAAAUCAAUGUCAACCUCUUUACCUUGACAUACAAAAUUUUUAUGAAAGCUUGGAUAUGAAAGUGGAGCAGCAGGUUCCUUUGCUUUUAGUUGAAAGACAAGCACUAAACGAAGCCAUGGAUGGAGAAAAACAUGGCCAUCAUCACAUGCCCGAGACUAGAGGUUUAUGCCUUUCUGAAGAACAGACUGUUAGCACUAUUCGGAAAAGACCCAAGAUUGGGACAGGAAAUAAAGUCAUGGGCAUGAUAACAGAGCCUUUUAAACUCACACGACGAUGUGAUGUUACAGCAAUUCUAGUCUUGUAUGGUCUUCCAAGGUUACUGACUGGGUCAAUCUUGGCUCAUGAAAUGAUGCAUGCAUGGCUACGACUUAAAGGUUACCGAACUCUAAGCCAAGAUGUAGAAGAAGGUAUCUGUCAAGUGCUAGCUCACUUUUGGUUGCAAUCUCAGCUAAAAUCGCUAUCAAGUGACGUGGCAUCCACGUCAUCGAACCAGAGAGGGAGAUCUCCGUUUGAGAAGAAGCUUGGUGAGUUUUUCAAGCAUCAGAUCGAAGUGGACACAUCUUUGGUAUAUGGAAAUGGAUUCAGAGCAGGAAAUCAGGCAGUUAUGAAAUAUGGGCUUAGAACUACACUUGAUCAUAUUUGGAUGACAGGAAACUUCCCUUAUUGAAAAUUAUUUUGAUUUUGUGGUUCAUUCUUUUGUAAAAUAGAAGAGGAAGGAUUGAUUGAUUGAUUGAUUUAUUAUGGCUGAUUCAUUUUUAGAAUCCUUGGCCAGUUUGGUAGAAAUUAGGAAGGGGAGGGUUUUUGUUUUGUCUAGAAUCCCUUUUAGAUAGUUCCAUUAUACAUACACUUUGAAGAACUUAAUAAUAAAAUAAAACCAUGUUUCUAUUUUAAUUUUUGCCCUUCUUUCUGUCUCUA